AUGAGCUGUGGCUCCAAGCAGCCCCUGAAGAGCUGCCUGCGGGGGAGCAGCGGUGGAGGGGGUGGAGGGGGCAGCUCGCGUUCCUCGGCCUCCUCGAGGACGCUCACUUCCAGGACAAGUGGUGGUGGCAGGUUUUCUGGCAGCAGUUGUGGCGGAGGAAGCUCCCGGAGCAGCUGUGGUGGAGGAAGUGGUUAUGGCAGGCGCGGUAGCUAUGGAGGAGGAAUGAGCAGCAGCAGCUGUGGAGGGAGACUGGGUGGUGCGUGUUACGGAGGGGGAAUGGGCCACAGCAGCGUGGGAACGGGCUUCAGGCCUGGGAGCAGCUUUGGGGGCGCUUAUGGAGGAGGCUUUGGUGGAGGAGCGGCUGGUUUCAGUGGUGGCAGCUUUGGCAGUGGUGGCUUUCAUGGAGGGAAUGUGGGAAUUCUCUCCUAUGAUGAAAAGCUGACCAUGCAGAGCCUUAAUGAACGCCUGGCUUCCUACAUGGAGACAGUCAGGAAUUUGGAAAAGGAAAAUGCUCAGCUUGAACAGUUAAUCAGGGAGUGGUACCAGAAGCAAGGUCCUAUUGGCCCAAAGGACUACAGCCACUAUUAUGGACAAAUUGAAGAACUUCAAAAGCAGAUUGUGGCUGCAGCUGUGGAAACCCACAAGGUACUUUUGGACCUGGAUAAUACAAAGAUGACUGCAGAAGACUUUAGAAUAAAGUACGAGAUGGAGAGCGGGCUCCGGCAGAACGUGGAGGGCGACCUCAACAGCCUGCGGCCCCUGCUGGAUAACCUGACCCUGACCAAGGCUGACCUGGAAAUGCAGUUUGAGUCUCUGAAGGAGGAGAUCAUCGACCUCAAGAAGAACCACGAGGAGGAAAUGAAACUGCUGCAAUCCCAGACCAAUGGGGAUGUGAAUGUGCAGAUAAACACUGCUCCAGGAGAGGAUCUGCUGAAAAAACUGAAUGAGAUGAGGCAAGAAUAUGAAGCUAUUAUUCAGAAAAACCGUGCAGAGGUUGAGAAGUGGUACGAAAGCAAGAUGGAGGAAGUGAGUCAACAAGUCCAGUCAAGUAGCCAGGAAAUAGACUCAAGCAACCAACAGAUCUCUGUGCUGAGACGUCAGUUUCAGAGCCUGGAAAUUGAGCUGCAGUCGCAGAUCAGUCUGAUAGACUCUCUGCAAUCCAACCUGGAAGACACGGAGCGUCGUUACAACAUGCAGCUGCAGCAGAUCCAGGCCAUGAUCGGGCCCUUGGAGGAGGAGCUGGCCAGCAUCCGCUGCGAGAUGGAGAGCCAGAACGAGGAGUACAAGAUGCUGCUGGGCAUCAAGACCCGCCUGGAGCAGGAGAUCCAGCAGUACCGGGCACUGCUGCACGAGGGGCAGCAGGGCAUUAGCACUUCACAGGGAGGAGCUGGUGGUGGAUCUUCUGGAGGAGGAGGUCAUGGAGGAAGUAGUGGAGGAGGAAGCUGUUGGUCCUCAGGUGGAGGAAGCAGUGGAGGAAAAACUGGAGGAUCCUAUGGAAGAUCUUCCUCUUCUGAAAGCGGAGGAGGAGGGAGUGGAGGAAGAACAGGAGGUGGAACCUGUGGUAAAACUUCAGGUGGAGGAGGUGGCAGUGGUGGAGGAGGAGGGGGUAAAUCCUGCCUCUCCCGCUCUUCAUCUUCCCAGUCCCAGCCUGGCGACUCUUGUGAAAGCCCAGGGAGUUUUAGAAAGGCUGAGGAGUGAUCAGCAAGACCAGCAUCUUCCACUGCACGACCUCCCAGUGAGGCCUUUGGACCAAGCAAGACUCUACUGAGCACGGCUGAACAUCCCCUGCCACGAGCAGGAGCGAACACUUGUCCAACUUACUCAACACUGCUCACGCCAGGGGCUUGUCAGAGCUCUCUGCAUGUCCUGUCUGCUUCUUCCAUCUGUGCUUCUGCUCCAAAUCACUGUUACCUGAGUUAAUCUCUGCCGUGAUUGGUGUUCCUGUGGAAUAAAUGCUAAUAAAUCUGUGCUUCUCUCUGAUGCAACCAGAAA